AAAUAAAUGAAAAUCGAGUGUAUCCAGAGACCGCUCUAAAGCAAUACAACGCAUCAUCUUCCCACAGUAAAGAUGGCUACGCCGUGAGUAAGUUACAAGCAACUGCACUUCCGCAAUUUUCCAGCGCCCUGGUCCAAGAUGGCGGACGAAGCCACCCGGCGGGUCGUGUCUGAGAUCCCGGUGCUGAAGACUAACGCCGGACCCCGAGAUCGGGAACUGUGGGUGCAGCGACUGAAGGAGGAAUAUCAGUCCCUUAUCCGGUAUGUGGAGAACAACAAGAAUUCGGACAACGAUUGGUUCCGACUGGAGUCCAACAAGGAAGGGACCCGGUGGUUUGGAAAAUGCUGGUACAUCCAUGACCUCCUCAAAUAUGAGUUUGACAUCGAGUUUGAAAUUCCUAUCACAUAUCCCACGACUGCUCCAGAAAUUGCAGUCCCUGAGCUGGAUGGGAAGACAGCGAAGAUGUACAGGGGUGGCAAAAUAUGUCUGACUGAUCAUUUCAAACCUUUGUGGGCCAGGAAUGUGCCCAAGUUUGGACUAGCUCAUCUCAUGGCUCUGGGGCUGGGUCCUUGGCUGGCAGUGGAAGUCCCUGAUCUGAUUCAGAAGGGUGUGAUCCAGCACAAAGAAAAAAGCAGCCAAUGAAGGAUGAAGCCUCUGAGGCAGGACAGAGGGACUGUCUGCCGCUAGGCUCUAUUCCUGUUUGCCUCUGAGGCAGGACAGAGGGACUGUCUGUCCCUAGGAUCUAUUCCUGUUUUCUCCCUUCUCAUGAUUCCUUCACGGGUCACCUCUGGCUGUUACAAAGUAGCUGGAGGGACAAAUAAGAAAACCCAACAAUAGGGCAAGGUCACAAAGUUUCUAAGUGAAGCUGUACAGAGAGGUGAAAGAUUUGGGCCUUGAAAUAGGCAACUUGUAUCCCUUCUCCAAGUGGAGCCCUGGAGGCAUUUUGGAGGCAUGGGAUGUAACUGACAGCAUGCAGCUUUUUGGUUUCUGGAGACAACCUGUCAAUAAAAGCUGCUUCCCGUGGUA